AUGGCGAUUAAGUUAGAACUGAAAAUUGUAGGGCUUUAACCCAAAGGGAGCCCUUCCAGAAAUUCUCGAAGGCCUGAGCCGAACCCAGGCCCAAGAGGGGGUUUGGAAAUAGUUUUCAACCAGCAAUUGACGCGCCUCGGUCAGAACCUCACUAGCUGCGUCAUUGCCCCAAGCGCAAAGAUGUCUGUAAAUGACCACUCCGCUUCCCUUUUAUAG